CCGGGGAGCACAGUCACCACAGAUGGAGUCACUGUGCGCCUCAGAGGCUGAAAGACUCCAGACUGGCUAUCAGAGCAGACUCCCUACAGCUGAAUUCAUCCACGCCGCCAUCCAACUAUUUGUAAGAACAAACUUUGAGGGAAACCUGGCAAAAUGUAGGAAUAGAGGAUCUCCAAAGUCCGCUGGCUAACGCAGGUAUGGAUGACACGCAUUGUUCUUCUCUGCGCAUGCGCGUCAGCAUGUCCCCUCCCUCUACCUGAGAGGAGCGCACCUGGAUCCAACGAGACGGAAGUUCCCUCAAGCCAAAUCUUUUUUUGUCUUCUUGGAAAAGUGUCCCUUUGGAGAUCGAGCCACAAACCGAGACACUCAGAUCAAGACAGGAUGCCUGGUGGACCCAACAACAAUUCAAAGCAUCUUUCGAUCAUAAAUGUGUAAUUCAGCGACUACAUGCUGAAUCUGAAUCCAAAGCCAGCCUCCUCUUUGUUCAAUAAGAAUGACAGCUCUCCGCAGAGUCCUCCGAAGGCGCCUGCACCCUCUUAAACUGGCCAUAGUGGCCCUCGUCUUUGUCACAUUUGUGUUUCUCAUACAAUGGGAGGUGGGGAGCCAAGACCAACAGGACGACCCGUGGCUGAAGGAGAUGGCAGUGAAGCGGGAUGCCGUGAUGGGCAUCGUGAUCGGAGCCGUCAAUAACUUCAGGGAUGCGAUACCAAAGAUGCAGAUCAGAGCCCCUGUGCGUCAGCAGGUCAAAGGGUGGGGCGGCAGAUCCUGUCUGCCGGGUCACUACACCGCGGCCGAGCUCAGGCCGGCUCUGGAGCGGCCACCUCAGGACCCUCUAGCUCCUGGAGCGGAUGGGAAGCCUUUCUACACGGAGUCGCUGAGCCCUGAAGAGCAGAAGGAGAAGGAGAAGGGUGAAGAAAAACACUGCUUCAACCUGUAUGCCAGUGACCGCGUGUCUUUGAGCAGAGACCUGGGAGCGGACACACGGCCACCAGAAUGCAUUGAGCAAACUUUCAAGCGAUGCCCCGCCUUGCCGACCACCAGCGUGAUAAUCGUGUUUCACAACGAAGGCUGGAGCACUCUGCUGAGGACAGUAUACAGUGUCCUGCACACCUCCCCGGCCAUUCUCCUCAAGGAGAUCAUCCUGGUGGACGACGCCAGCGUGGAUGAUGUGUUAAAGGAUGACCUGGAUGAGUAUCUAAAGCAGCUGACACUUGUCCGAGUUGUCCGUCAGCGAGAGAGAAAAGGACUCAUCAGCGCUCGCCUUCUGGGUGCCUCCGUGGCUACCGGUGACACCCUCACCUUCCUCGAUGCCCACUGUGAAUGCUUUCAAGGGUGGCUGGAGCCUCUGCUGGCCAGGAUAGCGGAGAACUACACUGCGGUAGUGAGUCCUGACAUAAACACUAUUGAUCUUAAUACUUUUGAAUUCACAAAGCCGUCUCCGUACGGCCAGAACCACAACCGGGGGAACUUCGACUGGGCGCUUUCUUUUGGAUGGGAGGGUCUACCAGAUCAUGAGAAGCAAAGGAGGAAGGAUGAGACGUACCCUAUCAAGACUCCUGCAUUUGCUGGUGGGCUCUUCUCCAUCUCAAAAGAAUAUUUCUACCAUAUUGGAAGCUAUGAUGAAGAAAUGGAGAUCUGGGGCGGAGAGAACAUCGAAAUGUCAUUCAGGGUGUGGCAGUGUGGUGGACAGCUGGAGAUUCUCCCUUGCUCCAUCGUGGGUCAUGUUUUCCGCACGAAGAGCCCCCACACCUUCCCCAAGGGGACGCAAGUGAUCACUCGUAACCAGGUUCGACUGGCCGAGGUCUGGAUGGACGACUACAAAGAGAUCUUUUACCGUCGUAACCAGCAGGCUGCGCAGAUGGCAAAAGAAAGGGCUUUUGGGAAUAUCUCCAAACGUCUGGACCUCCAAGAACGACUGCAGUGCAAGAGCUUCUCCUGGUAUCUAAAGAACGUUUAUCCAGAAAUGUUCAUGCCUGAUCUCAACCCACCCCGCUAUGGCUCUGUAAAAAAUGUGGGCAAAGACUCGUGUCUGGAUGCUGGAGAGGACAAUGAGGGCGGGAAACCGUUGAUCAUGUACCCAUGUCAUGAUCUCGGAGGAAACCAGUAUUUUGAGUACUCCUCACAUCAGGAGAUUAGACACAGCAUUCAGAAGGAGCUCUGUUUGCACGGGGCGGAGGGGGCUGUGAAGCUGGAAGACUGCCAGUAUAAAGGCAUGAACUCAGUGGUAGGAGAAGAGCAAAAAUGGGAACUGAAGGACAACAACUUGUUCUACCUGUCAGGACGGCACUUGUGUCUGAGUGGCCGUCAUGAGUCUCCCAGUCUGGCCCUCUGCAACCCCUCAGACAUAUACCAGCACUGGUCCUUCUACUAACUGUGCCGACUACCACUCUAUAGGACUCUGGACAUGAGUGUUACUAUACUGGACACAGUAAUCAUGCAGUACUUUUUUAGAUGAAUGACAAUGAGUUAAUUUAUUUUUAUAAAUAGAAGAAGUGACCUGCUGCUGCCGGGGAGUUUUUUUUUUUGUGUGGAUGAACCACAGUGUGCUUCUGCUUGAAGGAAGCACUGACACGCUGCUCCCUGUCAGACUGUGAACUGAGACUGUUGGAUCAACGAGGACACAUCAUGUUGACAAGUGCCUUUUUGUGUGUUUAAAUGUUUCCACUACUCUCAAGUUGUCACAACCAACACAUGCUGUACGCAGGCAUGUUGAGCCAACACUAUACAACAUAUUCAUCUAAAACAAAUCCAUACAAAUACACAGACUACAUGCGUGUGGUUACAAGCAGAUACAGUUUGACACACUGAGAUCCCAAAUACUGAAACAUUUGGCACCAAAGAGACUGAAAGACAGAACAUGAAGCAGACAAGUAGGAUGUCUUCAAAUAUAUAUUUUUUGAAAUGUUAAACCUUGUUUCUUACCGUCCAGUGCUGUUGAUGUCAUUUUAUCCCUGCUGGAUGAAUUGGUGGAGGGAAGGGUGAUGGGGUUGAUUCAGAAAAGUGAGCAAAGGCUUAGUCCAAGAAAACAUUUGCAUGAGAUAGAUUUAUGCUGUCUGUACACACGGUUACCAGCUCAUGUGAUACAUCCAGCCAAAACUCAAACAUCCUAUAAAGCAAUGGAACAUAGGGCAGAAAUCCUUCCUUCAUUAAAGGUGCAUUAAAGUUCA